UUAGGGCUUUGCUUGAGAUGGGGAGUGCUGUCUAUGGCGGCAUUGCGGUGAGCAGGAUCCGGGGAGUCGCGGCGGCCGCCGGCAGCGGCAGAUUCAAGCCGGAGUCUUCGAUCUACUGCAAAUGCCGGGCUUACAAUGGCGACGGGAGCAGUGGGAAUGGCGGGAACGGAGGCGACAAGAGGCCCCCCCAGGAUGCGCUUCUCAGGGCGCUCUCAGAGGUUUCCAAGCGCGAUGGUCGAGUGGGGAAGACUCUCAAUGUCGUGAUUGGAGGCUAUCUUCCUGAGGAUCAAUGGAAGGCAUUGGACGAACGGCUUUGCACCAGGUGAAUCUCUACCCGAUGGUGAGGAGAUUCACAGCGAUUGGGAGAGGAGGCGACGAUUUCGCGCAGGCGAUGGUGGUUGCCGUGGAGACUGUUCUUCAGUCUCCA